CCGCCAGUCACCGGAAGUCGAAUGGUCGUAACGCUCAUGUGGGCUCGUGUUGACAACAAAACGCUUGUCAGAAAAUCGGAAAUAAGUGUUUAACAACUAUUUAAGGAUUUUCACGAGCUUCAAUAUAAAACAUGUCCGACAACGAAGACAACUUCGAUGAUGGAGAUUUUGAUGAUGCUGAGGAGGACGAGGGGUUAGAUGACCUCGAAAACGCGGAAGACGAAGACCAGGAGAAUGUGCAGAUCCUGCCAGCGGGAGAGGGACAGCAGGCAAACCAGAAGAGGAUCACAACACAGUACAUGACCAAAUAUGAGAGGGCCAGGGUGCUGGGGACACGAGCUCUGCAGAUUGCGAUGUGUGCUCCAGUCAUGGUGGAGCUGGAAGGAGAAACAGAUCCCUUGCAAAUAGCUAUGAAAGAGCUCAAGAGCAGAAAGAUCCCCAUCAUCAUCCGCAGGUACCUUCCUGAUGGCAGUUAUGAGGACUGGGGCUGUGAUGAGCUCAUCAUAACUGAUUAAACAAAUGGUCCAGUCUCAACUGACACAACAGUAUGUGCUGUUUAACACUGUUCCAGGUCAGUCAGCAGCACAAACCCAGACAUUGAUGAAGUCACCCUCAACUUGUUCAUGCUGCCAUUUGAUCCACAAAAUUAUCAGGUUUCUAUGUUGUUGAAAUAUGAACACAUGAAAUGUUUCCACUUAUCAGACAUUGAAAUUACUUUAUAAGCCAGAACAUUGUGUUGCUUGCAGGUUGAUCAUUUUUGUUGGGCCUGAGUGAUGGUGCAUGUAACACAACUCAAGUCAGAUCCAGUUUGGUUCCACUGUUCUUCUUGUUUUAACAGCUGCAUUACAAUUAACAUCCACAAGGGGGAAAUGUAACUUAAAUCAAACAUUUUCUUUGUUUUACAUAAUAUUCCUGUGUUGUGCUUAUUCCAUUUGUUGUUUUGGAUGAGAGAUAUGAUCAGUGUAAAAUAACUCUUUUAUAGUUUAGAAUAAACCAUUUUUUGUAUAAA